AUGGCACUCUCGCUAUCUCUGUUUUUGAUAUGUUACUGCAUUGCAUCGCCAUGGACAGCUUUUGUAAAUGCAAAGACAAUUACCUAUGAUUUCAAUAUUACUUGGGUUACAAAAAACCCGGACGGCGCACUGGACAGACCUACUAUCGGCAUCAAUGGCCAGUGGCCUAUUCCUGAGAUUAGGUCUAGCGUGGGAGAUCGCAUCAUUAUCAACAUGAUCAAUCAGCUUGGAAAUCAAACCACUGCGCUGCAUUUUCAUGGGCUAUUUAUGAAGGAUACAGUUGAGAUGGACGGGGCAGGAGGUGUAACCCAAUGUCUUAUUCCUCCUAGCGGUUCUUUUACCUAUAAUUUUACGACUGAUCAACCAGGAACAUACUGGUAUCAUUCGCAUGGGCAUGGACAGUAUCCCGAUGGUCUUCGUGGGCCAUUUAUCGUGGAUGACCCUAAAUCACCUCACGCGGGAAAGUGGGACAAGGAAUAUGUUCUUACGCUUUCAGACUGGUAUCAUGAACAGAUGCCUGGGUUAAUAAAGGACUUCAUAAGCCUUUCGAACCCAUCCGGUGCGGAACCUGUGCCUCAGGCCGCACUGAUGAAUGAUACCCAGGACUUGAAAAUAUCAGUCCAACCUGGAAAAACUUAUCUUUUCCGAGUUGUUAACAUGGGUGCAUUUGCUGCACAAUAUUUAUGGUUUGAAGGACAUAAAAUGCGGGUCAUUGAGGUGGAUGGAGCCUGGACAGAGGAAAAAGAAGCCGACAUGCUUCACAUCACCGCUGCCCAGAGAUACAGCAUUCUUGUGACCAUGAAUAAUGAGACCUCAAGAAAUUUCCCGAUUGUUGGGAGUAUGGACAAGGAUCUUUUCGAUGUCGUUCCGCCAGGUUUAAACCCCAAUGUCACUGGCUGGUUGGUAUAUGACAGUAAUAAGGACCUACCAAAACCAGCGCUUGUUAACAAGUUUGAUUUUUUGGAUGAUAUGGAAUUGAUUCCCAGUGAUGGCCUUGAGUUGUUCGACAAAGUUGAUCAUUCCAUAACGUUGGAUGUCAAAAUGGACAAUCUCGGGGACGGUGCCAACUACGCCUGGUUUAACAACAUUACUUAUGUCCAUCAAAAGGUCCCCACACUAUAUACAGCUCUAACUGCCCCUGAAGAUUUAGUUAAAAACGCAGCUAUUUACAGUGAACAUGUAAAUCCUUUUGUUCUUGAGUCUGGAGAGGUGGUUGAGAUUAUCCUUAACAAUAAUGACCCAGGAAAGCACCCUUUCCAUUUACAUGGUCACCAAUUCCAGGUGAUUUACCGAUCGCCAGAAAAAAGUGGGCCGUACGAUAGCUCUGCGAAAAUGGAGUUUCCGAAAAUCCCUAUGCGCCGCGAUACAGUGCUCGUGCACCCCGAAGGCAACAUCGUCCUCCGAUUCAAAGCAGAUAACCCUGGAGUAUGGCUUUUUCACUGUCAUAUUGAAUGGCACAUGGAUAGCGGGUUGGUCGCAACUAUGGUAGAAGCCCCGUUACUCCUACGAGAAUCCAAGAAGCGUUUUCCCAUUCCAGAAUCCCACUAUGCGGUGUGUCGUGCACAGGGUACACCAUACGAAGGCAACGCGGGGGCAAAUACGAAAAAUUUCCUCGAUCUGUCGAAUCAAAAUGUGCCCCCACCCCCGUUGCCGGCUGGAUUUACAACAAAAGGAAUUGUUGCUUUAGUAUUUAGUACUGUUGCUGCUGCGGUUGGGUUGGCGGUCAUUGUGUGGUAUGGGCUGGGCGAAAUUAAACCCAUGACAGGCUUAUAA